AUGAGCCAAGGCUUCCUCAAUUAUGUCUUCCUCCGUACGGCGAUCGCUGCACUCCGACUGGUGGCUCCAGCAAGCCUUGCAUAUCUUGCGGCUUGUGCCGUAAAACCUGCACUUCUUUACUGGCCAAUCGCAUGCUUCGCCGUAGCUGAAGCGUCAUUUUACCUGCUCGUCUACCUUCCACGACGCUUGCGCCUUCAAUCUCCUCCGUCCCACCUCCCUCCAGCUCUUACAAGAGAGCAGAGACGUGCCAUCUUCCACAAAUGUCUCGAAUCGGCCGUUCACGAUCCAAAUUCCGAAGUCCUAUAUCCCAGCGGGUGGUUUCUGCCCAAGAACUCGACGCCGAAGCGCGAGGAUGUUGUUGAUUGGCUUCUUUGGGCGUUGUUCACUACAUCACGGGAGAACAUCGGCGUCGAUGAAUAUGCAGAGGAACUGGAAGAGUACCUGUCUGGAAUUGAGAAGCUGCAAGGGAGGAAGCUGGAGGAAGGCCACUCGGGAGAAGGAGGGGUACGGUCAAUACGGACUACCCUCGACCCUGUCCUCAUGUUGCAUCGUCCAUUAUCGUGGUAUUUGAUCGUUGCGCUCGUCGAUUCUGGUACCUCAGUCGUACUGGUAUUAUUGGGCUUCAAGCAUUACACCCCACGCGAGGCUCAAUGGAGCCUAUCGUUCCCUCUCCGACCGCUCUUAUGGCUGUUGUCGCGUCGUGCACCCCAAGGUGUCGCCUUUCCGUACUGGUAUCGACCGCACAGGUCGUCUCAGAAGAUUCCCCUGGUUUUCCUUCACGGAAUAGGAAUCGGUCUCCUUCCAUAUAUCCCCUUCCUAAAGUCCCUUGUCAAAGGCGAGAACCGCGAUGUUGGGAUUCUCCUGCCGGAGCUGCUCUGCAUCUGCAUGCACAUGACGCCCCGUUCUAUUCCACCUCGGCCGCUGAUGCUCGAAUCGCUGAACACCGUACUUGAAUCUUUAACCGCGGCCGAAACAGAUCGUCAGCCAGCCUCUGGUGCUAGCGAAGAGCAAAGACCGUUGCUCGAAAAUGUGAACGGUGCCAACUACUCAGCAGUAUCCCCUUCCGCUGUUGGCUGGAACAAGGUCGUCCUCAUCGGGCACUCCUACGGGAGUUUCAUAGCUGGGUGGAUCAUCCGGCAUUGCGUCGAUCUCGACACCCUCUCUUCCUCUCACCCUUCACCUCACAACCUCGCAGGCAAGAUCGCAAACGCGAUCCUCGUCGACCCAAUACCCAUCCUCCUCUCCAACCCCACGGUAGCGCACAACUUCCUCUACCGCGACCCCUCCUCCGUCUGCUCCGAGGACCAUCCUAUCCUUCACCUCACCCACGACGAUACGAUCGAAGAUGUCGAGAUCGCUCAUCCCCUGCCACCUCCGGCGCCCAAGUGGCGCUCGUCUGCUUGGGCAUGGGUGAUAUGGUACUUUUCUAGCCGCGACCCGGACGUGGCGCGGACGCUGCAUCGGGCAUUCUUCUGGGCGGAGGGUGGUAUCUGGAGGGAAGAGAUCGGAGCUUUCGUCUCUGGUCAUACUCACAUGGGGCCUUCGUCUUCGAUCCCCAUACAGAAUGGGAGUUCGGGCGGGCCCAAUCAUUCGACACCGGAGCGAAGGAAGAUGGCCGUUUUUGUAGGAGGGCGAGACCAGAUUGUACCAGGAGAGGCGAUCAGGAAAUACCUGACGAAGGAGGGGAGGAGGGUCGAGCGGUGGGUUGGCCAUGUGGACGAGCAGGGCGAGCUGAAUGCGGCGGCUGGUGAGGAAAACGAUGUGGAGGUGUUUCUCAACCCUGACUUGGACCACGCGAAUAUUUUCGAUACGUCGGAAGCGAGAGCUCCCCUGAUGGAUGUCAUUGAGCGGUAUGUGAGCACUGGUCGAUAG